CUCUCAUCUCAGGGGAGUGCCAAGCCUGGACAAGACAGUUGAAUGCUCUAUCAACACCACGGCAACCCACCACCGUUCAAUUCCUAUCUCGUCUUUCUCCCAACCCAUUCCGGCUCACCAAUCUUCUCUCUCUUUUUUCUGGAUAUUGCACACGGGAAAAAACACACUCAAAGAUCACUUGCGGGAAAUUGAACACGUCCACAAGCACAGAUCGGUCCAGCAGUGUUGCUCUCAGCCAUCUCCACUACCGACUCCAGUCCCUCCUUUGAUCCCCACACAAAGAUACAGUUUUGGGCGCAACGCAGUCGCAGCUCUGGCAGGUCAAUUCUACCUUUCGAAUAUAUGUGAGUAUAGUAGUAAGUAGAGAUUAUUACCAGGAGGGCGUAAUCGCUCGACCGACUGCGAGUUCUCAACAAAUCCUUCUUGCCGAGCAAGAUGGCUUCCUCGUAUGCGCUGCCCGCGUCAACAUUGACCAGCCACAGCCAUCAUGGCCAUGGACAUCUACAUUCGCAUGCCCAUUCACACUCCCAUUCGCAGUCUUCCUCUGCCAAUCGAUCAUAUCCCUCCAAUUCCCCCAACAACCCUAAAACGCAAAGAUCGAAUGGGAAUUUACAUUCGCACAUGCAUUCUUCCUCGGAAUCCUCUGCGAAUCACAACCAUGAGUAUGAGCUCAUGAAACCAAACAAUUCUGCACACAAUCACAAUCACAAUUAUGAUCGAAUACCAUCUCUACCAACCCCACCAGAUAGUAGUGGCCCCUCUUCACAUUCCGGUCCGCUGGAGAAACGAAAACUCGAAUAUUCCCCGCCUGCUCAAGCGAACACUUACGAACCCCCAUCAAAUAAUGUCAACAUGAUGCCACAUAGUCAUGAUCACCAUCACCAUGAUCAUGAUCACCACGAUUCUCAUAUACAUACCCACGGUACGGCGAAAGCGAUAGAUCCACGAUCUAGAUUUACAAGCUUGGUACUUCCUUACAUUCACAGAUGGCCCCUCUUACAUACCAUAAUGGCAGAGAAGGAUUCUAGGCGGAUAUUCUAUUUUAUGAGGUGAGGAAAUCUUAAGGUGUUGUCAAUGCUUUGACUAACACAUUUUAGUUUAAAUUUUGCGUUUAUGAUGGUACAAGCAUGCUAUGGAUACAUCACGGAUUCCUUGGGACUAUUGAGUGACAGUAUACACAUGUUUUUUGAUUGCUUGGCUUUAGGAGUUGGACUAUUCGCUGCCGUGGCCAGUAAAUGGCCUCCAAGUGAGCGAUUUCCAUAUGGGUUUGGAAAGAUUGAAAGUUUGUCGGGAUUUGGAAAUGGAGUGUUCUUAUUGUAGGUCUUGGGUGACCACAUUGCUUGGGAAUAAAAGUGCUGACCGAAUUGCAGGCUUAUUAGUGUUGAAAUCAUGAUCGAGGCAACAGAGAGACUGGCAGAAGGACGAGAGACGAAGCGUCUGGUAGAGCUGUUUGUGGUCAGCGCAAUGGGUUUAGCCGUUAAUCUGGUCGGAAUGGCAUGUUUUGGGCAUCAUCAUCAUGGACACGAUCAUGGGGACCACAGCCACGGCCAUUCUCAUUCACAUUCGCAUGGAGAGGAAAAGGCACACUCCCACGAUGCCCAUAACCAUCACCACCACGAUCAUGCGCACGAUCGUCAUGAACAUGGCCAUGAACAGGAAGACUGCCAUGAUCAUCACACUCCUUUAAUGUCAGAGUUGAAGCCAGCUCAUGCUCAUGACCACUCUUCCCACAAUCAUUCUCACGAACAUUCACAUGGGCAUUCUCACGGACAUUCUCACGACAAUGAGAAUAUGCACGGAAUUUUCCUUCACGUGCUUGCAGAUACAAUGGGUAGCGCAGCUGUGAUGGUUUCCACUGCAUUAAUCUACUUUCAUGGAUGGUCGGGAUGGGACCCCAUUGCUUCUUGCAUCAUCGCAAUUCUUAUUUUCCUCUCUUCAAUACCGCUGAUAAGAUCCACCGCAAAGAAACUCUUACUUACUGUUCCGGAUGGCGUAGAAUACAACCUACGAGCAACAAUAUCAGGCGUGAGUGACUUAAGGGGUGUUGCCAGCUAUUCAGUUCCUAGAUUCUGGCUAGGAGACAAAAAUGGCGACAGCGAGGGCAUUCUUGGUGUCAUGCACAUCACCGCCACCAGAGGCUCAGAUCUGGAAGAUGUCCGAGAGAGGACUCGGGCUUUCCUUAUGUCCAAGGGUGUCGAUGUCGUCGUUCAGGUUGAGAAGGAUGGGGAUAUGAGUUGCUGGUGUAGUGGUAGCUUACGCUCGCCUACCACCUCGCGAUUCAGUCAGAACGCUUGAUGAUAUUAUGUUGGUUUCUUGAUUUUUUUGCAAGGGGGUUCAGGUUCGAUAUCGGGAUUGUGGGAGGGGGACGGAGACUGGUUUUUUUUGUGUUCUGAUAUAUAUAUUUAUGGUUUACUCCCUUACCUGCCUACUUUACUUGCCUACUCUAUUCUUUUUCUUCUUCAUCAUCUUUCGCUUGAUAAUUCCUCCUUCUUUCAUUUGUCUGUGUUCUUUGGUGGGAAGGGAAGGUGUAGGAUAUUAUGAGUAGGGACGAAAUAGGGGGGGUUAUUCUCUCUUUAACCUUUUUUAUUUAUUUAAUUUCCCUUCUCGUCCCUCC